ACUGAUUCGGGAUCCACCUACGAUCCCAGACCCUUGUUACCGCCCCCCGAACAACCGCCUCUUCCGGUACAACAUAGACACUCCCCAAUCAAGAACAUUCCGCCCCAACUAGAGCAGCAACAUCACAUCAAGCUCGCCACCUCCUCCAAGCUCACCCAACCUAUCUCACCGACAACGACAGCCAUCGCUGGUUAGCCAAGUCAUGUCAUUAGACGGCACUUUGACCUCCACCACAUCGUCAGGCUCUUAUGAAGCCUACUCACCUUACACGUCUGCCACCCUAUACUCCAUAGAAGAACCUUCUGAACCAAUGCCUGUUAUGCCAACUACACCUCCCAAUGCACCCACUGUGCCUCCACGAAGGAAAAAACUAUCUCAAUCCUCUAACCCACCUGUUCAAAAUGUUGGUCAACCUGUCAAUCCUUCACCACAAUAUCAUCAAAAGCGUUUAGAGUCGCUGUCUUUCGGAGGCUCGGAUGGUUUCUGGGAUACCAUCUCACAAAAUCCUCAAGAUGGAGCUGUUGAACGGCUUAUCAGCAACUUUAUACGUCGUGGCGGAUCACCCAAUACGGCAAGACAGAAUGCAGGUCCCAAUCAAAGUAUACGGGAAGGUUUUGGAUUGAUUCAUGCCGCCAUUCUUCAACAAAAUGCAUCGGUAUUGGAUAUGUUGCUACAGAAUGGAGCCAAUCCUAAUGCCAACACCCUGUCCACUUCCGAAGAAGAUAAACUCUCUCCAUGCUAUUUGGCAGCCAGCGUGGGAUGGACAGAAGGAUUACAUAUGCUCGCGGAAGCCAGAGCCGACAUGGUCAAUUGUAGAGGCUUCGGCAACCGGCAGCGGACCACACUGCAUGGAGCAGUGGAAAAAAAUCAUAUUCAAGCAGCACAAGUGGUCACCAUGUACACCGAAGGUGUUCUGACCAAUAUUCCGGAUGCAAACGGAGCUACACCUGUACACUACGCAAGUGCAACGGGUAACCAAGCCAUUUUACUUUAUCUAUUGCAAGAGUGCCGUGCCGAAGUGAUUGUUUAUGAUGUCAAUUACGAGACGCCACUGCAUUAUGCUGCACGACGAGGCAAAGUGGAAGUCAUGUCUAUGUUGAUAGAGCAAUUUCACGUCGAUCCUAAUAUUUAUGUGCCCCGCAAAGUUGGAACUCCGCUUGAUGCGGCUAAAACCAGUGGUCAGAAAAAAGCGGUCGAGUACCUGAAAAGUCGAGGAGCCACUAAUGCCAAAAAAUUGGACAAGAAACGAGAAGAAGAACUGGCCAAGGAAAAACCUGCUCACCUUGAAGCAACGCUUCUCAAGAACGGACUAUUGGCUGAUAGUUUCUAGAUGGGAAUCCAACUGCCUUUUAUAGCCUUUGCAUGUUGUUGUGACGCGGGAAAGAGAAUAGCUAUUAUCUUUUUCAUCUCAUGGGCAGCUUGGGAGAAGAA